CCACGGCAACCAGUGAAAUGUAUUUCUGAGUUAGGUUGGCUUGUUUUCACAAUUCACAACAAAAUGCCUCCAGCUGUCCAUCACCACUGUAAAUAUAAAGAGUGGUUAUAGAGGAAAAAACGUCAGAAAGCAAAUUCAGUUGAUGUGGAGCAGAAGACAAGAAAGAAGAAGGAGAGGGGCACUUCAUCCCCCUCUCCAAUUCCAUCUGACCGUUCUGAACGGAAUGGCUCCGCUACCUCUGACCCCUCACCCUCUGAUCAACUCUCCUCCCUCCAUCCACUUCCCUCUCCUGUUAAAUGUUCCUCUCAGCCUUGCUCUCCUGCUAAACAACCCUCUGUACCCCGGUCACCUGCCAAAAACCCUUCCCCAGGGAAAUCCUCUCCAGUGGUGUCCCAGCCUAGUUCUCCCUCUCCUACCAACCCUCUGGACCGUCAUGGAGACACCAGCCAGGAGGGCACAACAGUCAGACCUCUGUCUCUUCAGGAACACUCUAGUCCAAUGCCCCAGAGACCAGUCUCAGCCACCAGAAGCAUGACUCUUCCCAGGGCCAGCUCAGCCACCAGAAGCAUGACUCUUCCCAGGACCAGCUCAGCCACCAGAGGGUCAGAAGAGACCCAGGGGGCCAGAGGAGAACGGGGGGAACUGGUCAACAUGGAACUUCUUGGGUUGCCUAACAUUGGCAACACUUGCUUCCUUAACGCCACCCUGCAGUGCCUCCUGGUCCUGCCUUCCUUCUCAAAGGAAAUCCUGCACCAGGAACAACUCUGGAGCUCCUCCCCCUUCUCCAACCUGCUCAGGUGUCUGUCUGAUGUGCACCGUUCGGGUCUACCUGACAGUGUGGCAAACCAGGCCUCAAAAGCAGACCUCAUGUGGAAGGUCAAGUACUCCUUGUCGGGAUACGAUUUGAAGUAUCUGGGGGACACGCAACAGGACGCACACGAGUUACUUGUCAAUAUGCUGUGCCAGCUGAAGGAGGAGGGCAUGAUUCUGAAGACACUCGGGAUGAACUAUACCUGCCCUGUUUCCCAGCUGGAGUUCCAGCUUGUGUCGGUGCGCACAUGUACCAGCUGUGGGCGCGAGUCGUCCACCAGAGAGGACUACAACCACCUCUCAUUGGACAUCAGCCCUGAGCGCACCUUGCUGAACAGCCUAGCACUCACUUUCAAAAGUGAACAGGUUGAAUUCACAUGUGAGGGCUGUAAAGGCCUCCACGCCUCAAAGGUGGAGCAGUUCCACACACUGCCUCUUGUGCUGGUUCUGCAUCUGAAGAGGUUUGGAGGACCUGGGGGGUUGGAGAAGCUGGAGGCUCCUCUUUUGUUUCCUUCGGAGCUGAGGCUCUCCACCCUCUGUGGGGACAUGGUGCCACACCUGCACAGUGCCAGCCCACAGGCCCUCACCAACCAGGCCCCCAGCAUCCAGGGGUCCAUCCCCCAGACCCUCGCCAGCCAAGUCUCCAGCCCACCUGGAGAGGCCAAAGACAGCACCCUCUGCUGUUCAGUCCAGAGCAAUUCAGACAAGUGA